AUGUGUGUCACGGCGAGGAGGGUGAAACUCACAAAUGCCUUGCACGGUCACCUUAUCAAAACCGCGCUUUUCUUCGACGCUUUCCUCGCCAACGGUCUCAUUGACGCGUAUUCAAAGUGCGGUUGCGAAGAAAGUUUACAAAAGACCUUCGACGAUCUCCCCAACAAGACCACUCGUUCGUGGAACAUGCUGAUCUCGUUUUACUCCAAAACGGGCCUUUUUGAUAAGGCCCGUAAUCUGUUCGAUAAAAUGCCUAAACGGAACGUCGUUAGUUUUAACUCGCUAAUCUCCGGCUACACGCGCCACGGGCUUCACGAAAAUUCGGUUAAGCUCUUUCGAAUGACACAAAACGGUCGUAACGUUUUGGUGUUAGACGAGUUCACUCUUGUUAGCGUAGUUGGAAGCUGCGGUUGUUUGGGUAACGCUAAAUGGUUGCGUCAGGUUCAUGGGGUGGCAGUUUUAGUUGGCAUGGAGUGGAACGUGAUUCUCAACAACGCGUUGAUUGAUGCUUAUGGGAAAUGUGGUGAACCCGAUUUGUCGUGUUCUGUGUUUUGUUGGAUGCCAGAGAGAAAUGUUGUGUCUUGGACCUCAAUGGUGGUGGCUUACUUUGGAGCAUGUAGGUUGGAUGAGGCUUGUAGGGUAUUUAAGGAUAUGCCGAUUAAGAACACGGUUUCUUGGACUGCUGUGAUAACGGGUUUUGUGAGAAAUGGGCGAUAUGGUGAAGCUUUUGAUGUUUUCAAGCAAAUGUUGGAAGAGGGUGUGAGGCCUAGUGCUCCAACUUUUGUGAGUAUUAUAGAUGCCUGUGCAGAAGAGGCUCUUAUAGGAAGAGGAAAGCAGGUCCAUGGUCAAAUUAUUAGAGGUGGCAUAAGUGGGAACUUGUUUAAUGUGUAUGUGUCCAAUGCUUUGAUUGACAUGUAUGGUAAGUGUGGAGAUAUGAAAUCAGCUGAAAAUUUGUUUGAGAUGGCUUCUGUGAGGGAUGUGAUAACUUGGAAUACGUUGAUAACUGGGUUUGCACGAAAUGGUAAUGGGGAGGACUCACUGGCUGUGUUUAGGAGGAUGAUAGAAUCCAAAGUAGAGCCCAAUCAUGUGACAUUUCUUGGGGUGCUAUCUGGUUGUAGCCAUGCUGGUUUAGAUGAUGAAGGCUUAGAGUUGGUGGAUUUGAUGGAGAGAAAGUAUGGAAUGAAGCCUAAAGCUGAUCACUAUGCUUUGUUGAUUGAUUUGUUGGGGAGGAAAAACAGACUCAAGGAAGCCAUGAGUUGGACUAAAAAAUUGCCCGAUGCAGUUAUGAAUCACAUUGCGAUAUGGGGUGCAAUUUUGGGUGCUUGUAGAGUUUAUGGGAACUUGGACCUUGCUAGAAAGGCUGCAGAGACACUGUUUGAGUUGGAACCAGAAAAUACAGCUAGGCAUGUUAUGCUAGCAAACAUCUAUGCUGCAUCUGGUAGAUGGGGUGAUGCCAAACGAAUUAGGACGGUAAUGAAGGAGAGGAGUAUGAAGAAAGAACCAGCUUUUAGUUGGAUUGAGUUAAGAAAUGUGAGACACGAGUUUGUGGCCAAGGACAAGUUGCAUCCACAGAUAGGAGAGAUAUGUGAAGUAAACGGUAAAUUAAUUCUUCAUUUGAAGGAUGUUGGAUAUCAUCGGCCUUAUAUUUUUCUUCCAGAUUAUGAUGAUUUCUACUUUGGUUAG